AUGCCUUCUUUUAACAUUUAUUUUUAUUGUGGAUAUCAAUAUAAUAUAACCAUUGAAACAAAUAACCCUCCAAUUACCCAAAUAUCAGGACAUACCAAUUUUAAUAUAAUUGUUCCAAUGACAUUUAAUUCUACACACUAUAGUAUGGAGCUUUCAUCAUAUUUUACAAGUUAUCAAAGUUCAUUCAAUGUAAUGGUAAGUUUUAAUAGAUUCGAAAGUACAGCUCAACAUGUUUUUACAAUUAUGCCUCCAAAUUUCGAAGGUGUCAAAUCAAUCAGUAACGAUUUAACUCAAUUUGAAAUAAUAGGAAAUGGACUUAAACAUAACAAUUUUUACAAUUUUUUAAAAGAUAUUCGAUGUGACCAAGAUAUGAGUUUUGAUCCAAGUAAGGAACGUUUUGUGUGCUAUUCAGCUUUUUCAAAUAGUUGUUUUAGUUUUGGAUAUUCCAAUAAAUUUUUUAAUUUAACUAACCAAUAUUUUUUUUUCUGCUGGUAUGUAUGCAUUAAAAUACCCACUAUAAAUUCAAUUGAAAGAAUAGGUUCAUUUUUACUUAUUGAUGCAGAAUUCCAUUGUCAAAACUAUGUGGAUAGUAUUAGAAAAGGUAUUUCCAUAGGAGCAAGAAUUAUAUGGUUCACUCGAGAAUGCAAAUAG